GGUUGGCAAACAGCGGCGGAGGCUCUUGCAGCGGUCGCCGGUUCUGGGCUGUGGGGGUACUCUACGCUCCUCAGACCUGACCCUUUCAGCUCUCCGCUCCCGCGCCAGCCUACCUCGCUCCUCGGCGCCAUGACCACCACCACCACCUUCAAGGGCGUCGACCCCAACAGCAGGAAUAGCUCCCGGGUUUUGCGGCCUCCAGGUGGUGGAUCCAAUUUUUCCUUAGGUUUUGAUGAACCAACAGAACAACCUGUGAGGCGGAAUAAAAUGGCCUCUAGCAUCUUUGGGACACCUGAGGAAAAUCCCCCUUCCUGGGCCAAGUCGGCAGGUGCCAAGUCUUGUGGUGGCCGGGAAGAUUCUGAGUCAUCUGGACCCCAGAGAAGUAACUCUUCUGAAGCAAACCCUGGAGACUUCUUAGAUCUGAAGGUGAUCACGGCCUGUGAGCCCCGGGGAGAAGGUGAUGUUCAUGCUUUACUAGGGUUUACCAAGCCUGGAUCGGACAGGCCAGUAAACGGUCCACAGGCGCUGUCCCUUCAGGCCCCCCAAACAAGGGUGUCUUGAUGCUGAACCUACCUGGUGUUGCCCUAACUUGUCAGUGCCCGUUGCAAAAAGCAUCUUCCUGUGCCAUAUGGAGCGACAGAGGCCUGCGCCCCAUGCCUUGCUGCCUGCAAAGCAAAAACACAAAACAAACAACUGCCUUUCAUUUCUGAACCUUGAGAAAUAUUUCAGCCAGAUACUAACUUGGCUGUCUGAGCAAAGCCUGCUGCUCCCACGCAGAGGGAGGCUUCGCUGUGCGCUCAGACUGACGAACUCCAGGUGGUGAAGCAGGGGUGGGGACCACAUGGAAGUGGGACUUCCUGGUGAAGGGACCCCCCCCCCCCGCCCCGGGGGCAGUGCUCUUCUUAGAUAACUUGAAGCUGUGUGCAUGAUGCUGGUGCUUGACCAUGAAAGAAAGUCUCAUCCUUAAAAUGUGUUGUACUUCACAAUCCUGGACUGUUGCUUAAAGUAAACAAUGUACAAAUUUUGAAA